CGAAACAACACUGUAUCUUUCACUAAUCUGCUUCUGAAUGCUUUCACCUGAGGUCUUUUGAUUGACCUCACCGCAAAGAUAAUGCUAUGCGACGACCUAGCUCUGGACUAUGCGGACCGGACAUACGAGGCCUGGAAGCGAAAGCUUGACGCUGCGCAGGAGGCAAUUAUCCAAUUUGUGACCAAGAGACUCAAAAGCCAUGUGGCUGGAGAGUUUGGCGGCUAUCUUGAAGGAUCUUACAACAUAUGCUUGAUCGUCAAGGUCAGCGCAAAGCCCACAUAUGUGAUACGCUUCCCAAAACCAGGACGUACCGCGGUAUGUUUCAUAGAGGAGAAAGUUCGGAAUGAAAUUCAAAUCGUGUCUCUGCUUCGAGAGAAAACCACGAUUCCCUUGCCAACAAUCUAUACCUGGGGUAUGACUGAUGAUAGCCCAUCGCAGAUUGGGCCGUUCAUCAUAAUGGAAUAUAUCGAAGGAAGGCGAUUGAUGGAAGCAUUAAAACAACCUACGGAAACCAAAGAUGGCAAAGUCGAUCUUUGGAAAGACUUGGGCAACUCAAGAGUACUUCAUGCCUACACCCAGAUAGCUGACUAUCUGCUGCAAAUUUAUCAACUGGAUUUCAGCGCAGCCGGUGCUAUCAGCAGAAGCCACACACGUGAUUGGGUGGUCACCGAACGGCCUCUCACAAACCAUAUGAAUAGUUUAGCAACCGAUGUUUCGAACUAUCCAACCCAACUUCUCCCCACUUCAUGCUGUAGCUCGCCAAGGAUGUACUUUCAGCAGCUCGCCGACCAGCAUCUGAAUCAUCUCCAUACUCAUCGAAACGCAGUGGGCAAUCUCGAAGAUGCAAGGAGGUAUUUCAUUGCCCGUCAUCGUCUCAAGCAGUCCAUAGACAGAUUUCUAUACACCAACAACAACACAAGUCCUUUCAAGAUCUACUGCUAUGAUUUUCGCCCAUCGAACAUGAUCGUGGACGAAGAUCUCAACAUCAAAGCUGUUGUAGGUUUCGAAUUUUGGAAUGCGCUGCCCGCGCAAUUCGCCCAUGGCCCACCCUGGUGGCUCACUUCAUUGCGACCAGAUGAGUGGAUUGACCGUGGCUUCGAUUUUGAAGCACUAAAAUCAAGACUUGAGCCGCAUGUUGAGCAAUUCCUACAGGUAAUGGAGAAAGUGGAGAAGGAAAAAGCCACGGACGAGCCUGUGGCGUUACUAUCCGUUCCCAUGCGAGACUCAUGGAUCUCCGGCAGAUUUUGGUUCAACCUUGCGAUGGAUGACAGCUGGACUAUCGAUGCUGUCUAUUGGGCUGCGCUACAUAAGCCUGGAGACGAGGUGCUAGAUGAAGCUAUGGAGGAUGAAUUGAAGGCAUUUUAUCAUGUGAAAAUGAAGCAACUGGAAGCGUUUAACGUAGAGUGCAGGGAGCGUGGAAUCUGA